UUCCUGCACCCUCCUGUCGUGACGUCACCGGGGAAGAUGGCGCUGUCCUGUAAGAGCGGUGCUGCAUUGAAGAAGUAUCUGCUGCUGCUGGCUCAGGAGAACUGCGAGUUCCGGCUGCCGGAAAUCCACUCUUUAAUCUCUCUUUAUGGGGGGAAUUUUAGUAAUAUUCCAGAUGACCCUCAAAAGUCUCCAUUCUGUGUGCUCAAUAUCCCUUGUGAGGAAUUGGCAAGAAAAAUAAUGAAGAGGACGGUUUGUGCAAAAUCUCUGUUUGAGCUGUGGGGUCAUGGUAGAAGUUUAACAGAACUAAAGCAAUCCAUCCAGAGCUAUCAUUCGGAAAGGAUGGUACCUUAUCUUCAACCUAACUCAACGUACAAAAUCAGCAUUCACAGUUUUAAUAAGACCUUAACACAGACAGAAAAACUUGUGAAGAUUGAUGGGAUGGAAUUCAUACCAUUUAAAGGAAGAGUGAGUUUACAGAAUGCAGAACAUAUAUUCUAUGUGUUGGAGGAUUAUGGUCAAGACCCAAACAAUGCAUCUGAAUUCCCAUUGCAGAUCUACUUUGGCCGGUGGAUUGCAGAUGGACAGCGGGAAUUAAUCAACUCGUACAGUGUAAAAAAACGUCACUUUAUUGGAAACACGAGUAUGGAGGCCGGCCUGUCCUUCAUUAUGGCUAACCAUGCAAGAGUUAAGCCUAAUGAUUUAGUGUUCGAUCCAUUUGUUGGCACUGGUGGUCUUUUGGUACCUUGUGCUCACUUUGGUGCUUAUGUAUGUGGCACGGAAAUUGAUUACAACACAACGCAUGGUCGAGGUAAAGCUACCAGGAUGAACCAGAAGUGGCGUGGGCCCGAUGAGAACAUAAAGGCCAACCUACGACAGUAUGGCUUAGAAGAACACUACCUUGAUGUCCUUGUAUCUGAUGCAUCUAAACCCAUCUGGAGAAAAGGGCCAUUAUUUGAUGCCAUCAUCACAGACCCUCCUUAUGGCAUUCGAGAGUCUACAAGAAAAACUGGCACACAGAAGGAAAUCAUAAAGACUGAACAGUACCCUGAAGGUCACGUUCCUGUUCAAUUAAAUUAUCAUCUGAGUGAUAUCUUCUUGGACCUGUUGAACUUUGCAGCCGAGUUUCUUGUUGUAGGAGGAAGAUUAGUCUAUUGGUUACCUGUGUACCGUCCAGAAUAUACAGACGAGGCUGUACCCCGGCACCCAUGCCUGAAACUUAUUAGCAACUGUGAACAGAUGCUUUCCAGCCACACGUCUCGCCGCCUCAUAACAAUGGAAAAGGUGAAGGAGUUUGAGGAACAAGAUCACAAUGCUCAUCUUUCGGAUGAACAGUAUUUACCAUACCAUGGUCACAACUCUUUCCGUGAAAAGUAUUUUAGUGGAUUAACAAAAAGAAUUGCAAGAGAAGAAAAAGCCAAAUUGGGAGAGAAUUCCACAGAUUGCAGAUCUACCCAAGUGCCACAUAAUGCUACCAAACGGCAAUCGACCAACCAAUAAAAGUGUUUUUAAGUGCAGGAAAGCUCAAUAAUAUAGUCAGUGACUUGACAAUCCUGACUGAUAUGUAUAGAACUCUUGCUGUCUGCUGGAUUGGCACACAGUGCAGUAUUAAGGGAAUAAGACUUUGUUCUGUGACAAAUGUAAGAUUUUUUUAAUGCUUAGCAGGUAACAGAAGCUAAAUUCCCAGAAUUUUUGUUUUAAUGUAAAAGAUUUGACAGUUAUGUGCAGUUCACAUACUGAAUAUGUUAAUUUACCUCUCAAAAGACGUAAAGUAUAUACCACUCUUGCAGGUAAAUUGGAAUAACACCUACUUUAUAUUUGUUACAUGUUCCCAUUCACAUAACAUAAUUUAAACAAUAUUUAAAAUUACUGCUUACCUUUUUACUUAAAUGAAAACUAUACUGGCCUUAAAUCCAGCGAAGCGUCAUCCCAGGAACUUCCUGCCUUGCCGCUGACAUCUUGGGGUGGCUGGCUUCCUGG